AUGGACAAGGCGACUUGUGAGGCUGAUGCGGAAGCUCUUCGAUCCAGCGUUGAUGUCCACCAGGAGAAAACAAGGGCUUUGAAGGAAGAGCUGAAUCAACAGUACAGUGAGAAUAGCGAACUUCUGGAUCAAGUCCGGGACCUGCAACAGCAGCAAGAUCAAGCCAAGGAGAGGGAACAGCUCUGGCAAGAGGAUCUAGAAAAGGCAAAGCAAGUCAUGAAAAUUCUGGACGAAGACAAGAUCGAAGCACAAAAGGAAAGUUCAUCUCUGCAAGGAGACCUGGAAACUAUGAAAGAGCAACGAGAAGCCUUGGAAGCCAGGGUGACUGGGUUGCAGUCCCAGAUCGUAAAGCUCGAGGACAAGCUUUCAACUACGGAGAAAGAGCGUGAUCUCGUCAGCACCGAAUCGCAUUCGAUUCGAGUGCGUUUAGAAGAGCAGCUCCGAGAACUGCGCAAUGAAUGCGCCACUUUGACUUCCAGUAUUGCAUCUUUGGAAUUGGAUAACGAGACUUAUUUGAGCACCACUCGCAGCAUGGAGGAGAACAAGAUGGAUCUGCAAGAGAAGCUGGAGGAGGAAAGAUGA